AUGUUCCUCCACCGCCUUGACCUCACCACUGCUCUGCGUCCUGAGCUCCUGCCGGACGAGACGCUCUUGUUCGUGCAGGAUGCUGUUGGCCUGUACGAAGGCAAAUACAAGAUCCCGGACUACCAAGAUGGCCACGCCUACUUGACUUCACAUCGUGUCUGCUAUGUCGACAACAAAGAGCCGCGCAAAUUCUCGGUCGCCGUCAACCUGAAGGACGUUGAGCGCCCUGAGUUCUAUGCCGGCUUUCUGAAGUCGUCGCCCAAAGUCACCGUCUACCCCAAGCCCAACAAACGCCCGAAUCUCGCGGCGACCCGCAGUCCAGCCCCGAGCUCUGGUGAUCUGCCGAUCAGAAACAAAGCGGUCGGGAUCGGAGGUCUUGAGCGUCGCGGCAUUGAGCAGCGUCAGAACAAUGAGAUCAUGAUCGGCAGUGCCUUUGAGGACCUCGAGGCUUUAAUGACUUCGGCCAAGGAGAUUAUAGCUCUGGCGGAGCAGUUUGCCAGCCAAGCGAAUCUGAAUGGGAACGGAAAUUCCGAAGCCGACGCAGCUCUGGCCCAGUCAGCCUCUGCAUUGGGGCUGGUCACGACAAAAGAUAUGCUGGGCUCCGGUUCAGACACGCUCUAUAUUUCAGAGCUGUCGCGUAACUUGGCAGAGUUCUUGACAGACGACAGAAAAGGUAUCCUAAAGCGUGAGGGUGGGAUCAUGAGCCUGGUGGAUCUCUGGGCCGUCUUUAACCGAGCUCGAGGGGGUGUUGAGCUGGUGAGCCCCACAGACUUCGAGAAGGCCGCUCAGAUGUGGGACAAACUCAAGCUACCAGUUCGUCUGCGGCGUUUCAAGAGUGGGCUUCUCGUCGUUCAAGGCCGCGAUCGAACAGACGAAAAGACGAUAGCCAGUCUGCUUAGCUGGCUCCAGGAGCUCCAUACUGCUGCUCCGCCUGGAGAAGCUGGCUGGGAUUGGGAAACAUAUGGACGGGGAGUCACAGCGCAAGAGGCUGCGGAGUGGUUUGGUUGGAGUGUGGGUGUGGCAACAGAGGAGCUUGAGAUGGCCGAGGAGAAGGGCGUACUUUGCCGAGAGCAAGGGCUGGAUGGCAUCAAGUUCUGGGAAAACUGGAUUGUGCAAUUACCGCGUGUGGAGGAUGCUGCGGGAGAAGAAUAG